AUGGAAAUUAACUUCCAAAAACAUCAGCUAACAGAAGCAAUUUCACUAAACAAAGUAACAAAAUUCAAGGGGAGAAAAAGAAGCAAAGGGUCAAACAGUUUUGUUGGUGUAAGACAAAGGCCAUCAGGAAAAUGGAUAGCUGAGAUUAAAGACACAACACAAAAGAUAAGAAUGUGGCUUGGAACUUAUGAAACUGCUGAGGAAGCUGCUCGUGCCUACGAUCAAGCUGCUAUUCUUCUUCGUGGAUCAAACACACGAACCAACUUUCUUAGUACUCGUGUUUCUCAUGAUUCCCCUCUUGCUUCCAGGAUUAGGAAUCUUCUCAAUAUCAAGAAAAUUGCGAAGGAAAAAAGCCUGGAUUACUUAGCUGAUUCCACAAGUAGUAGUACUAAUUCUGUUCAAAGUAGUACUACUAGUGAACUAGUUAGCAAUUGUGAUGAUCCAAUUUCAAGUGAAGAUACAAAAAUGAGCAAUCUUGAUGAAACAAUACUUUCUUGUGAUCAAGAAAUCAUACAAGAAAGUUGUCAACUUUUCGACAGUAACUCUGUUCAAAGUAGUACUACUAGCGUGACUAGUUCAAACACUAGCACUUGUGAUGAUCCAAUUUCAAGUGAAAAUUCAAAAAGGAUCAAUCUUUAUGAAACACUACUUUCUUACAACAACAACAUGCCCAGUCCUGAUUUAGACAUAGGCACAUCAUCAUCAUCAUGUUCCUCUUCUUGUUUUUCAUCUUUUUCGCGGACUGAAUUAUCGUGGGAUUUCAAAGAAUUAUUGGAUAUUCCUUUCAAUACAGAGAUGGGAUUUACAGAAUUUGAGGUAAUGAAAGUGGAAAGACAGAUAUCAGCAUCACUUUAUGCAGUAAAUGGUGUUCAAGAUUACAUGGAAAUUAUUCAUGAUCCUUAUGAGUCUCAUUGGGAUCAUCGUCCCCUCUCUUAUUCUUGGUAA